CCAGCCGCUGAACCAGAGGGGCCCACUGAUGAGACCCAAACCACAGUUUGAUCUUUACCAGGCUGUGGAGAACCCGUCCUCACACCAGAUUAUCAAGAUUUACCUGCAAGGUAUGGAUUACCGGGUUCUUCUCAUUUCACUUUGCAUCCUGCACUUCUCCAUUCACUGUCAAGGACGACCUCUCAGCAAGAGGACGGUGAGUGAAAUGCAGCUGAUGCACAACCUGGGGCAGCAGAAGCAGGUGGAGGACCGCCGGGAGUGGCUGCUGAUGAGAGUCCGCGGCAUUCACAACCCAGCGGGUCGGCGAGGCGGCGGCGGGGACCCUGCGGAGGCCCGGCGGAGGAGGAGGCUGACAGCCGAGGACAUCCGGGACGCCCUGGACCUCCUAGAACACCUGCUUGAGCCAAAGCAGGCCUGAAUCUGCUCGAUUAUGACGGCAACAUUUCCAACUCUGUUCUCAUCUAAAGAACAUUUCUUUUGCAUCUGUUCGCUUACUUGAUGUUGAGCGUAUUUAUUUAGUUUAAAUUAUCAAAUUAGUAUUUAUGAAACAGUGCUUUAAUGAAGCAAGCCUUAAAGAGUCAGCACCUUUAUUGUAGUAGUGUUGUUGAACAAACACGUCUAUAGGACCAACUAACUCGUUUCACAAAGACCUCAGGGCCGACUUUGGAACUUGUUGGUGUUUUUAUAUAGUUUUUUUUUUCCAACUUGAUUGUAAAAAUGUUUUAAUGGUUCUGUGAGAUGGAAGAUUGUCAAAGCUUUUCAACGAUAUUAAGAAAAUAAAUAUUGCUUUUUAAUACUUCACUGUUGAUGUAAAACGAGAAUAAACUCAUUCAUCUUAUAAAC